GAAAAGUUGAAAAAGUUAGUAAAAGAUCUACGGCACAACGAUUUAAAAUUAAUUCUAAACUUCGCCAAGAGAAAUAGUUCUGGCAGGAAGCAGGAGUUGUUGGAGAGACUUAACGACGUCAUCGACUGUGGCUGUCCUGUAUCUUUGGCUGUAAAAAUCAAUGAAAUGAGUAAAAAGAGAAAUGCGUUGAAUGCGAACAGCAAACUCUCAUCAGUAGCAUCAGCCCGAGACAGAGGAGGUACCACCAUCAGCCAUACCUUCACACACGCUACCGAAUUAGAAAAGUCAAAAAAAACUAACGAAGCCGACAAAGAUAAUAAUAAUUCAGUUAAUAGCAGCAGCAGUAAUGAAAACAGUAGCUCGUCCAGUGGUUCUCUUGAUAUUCCUUUCUAUCCAGACGUUAGGUUCAGACAUUUGCCAUUUUAUGAUUUUUGUGAUGAUCUGUUGAAGCCAAUUGGUAUGAAAGAUAAAAAUCUUGGAAGCAAAAAUAAUCCAAAGUUUGCCAAGUAUGAAUUUUUCUUGACACCUCAACAGGCCAAAAAGAUAAAAGAUUCUCAAAUAAUGAUUGAUGAGUGCAUGAUUGAAUAUGGAGUCCAGGUUUUACUGAGGUAUUGCUUGUUGGAAACAACAGCUGAACAAGAUGACAACCUACCACCAAAGUUAUGUGUUCAUGUCAACACCAAGUUGAUCACUCUGCCUAACUUCAUCACGCCUAGUCAUAUGGGGAUUGAACCAAAACGUCCAAACAGACCAUUGGACAUCACUCAUGCCUGUGAGUUGAACCCACUGAAGCCAAACUUUGUGAGCAUGACAUGGGUAUCAGACCCAGUGCAUAAUCAUUGUUUUGGUAUAACACUCUGUAAGAAGCUCAACUGCACGACUCUGUUGAACAGGUUGAAGCAGAAUUGCAGUCGUCAUCCUGAUCUGACGAGGGCACUCAUCAAAGAAAAACUGGCUGUCAAUAUAGAUAAUGAAAUUUCAUUCACUUGUUUGAAGAUUUCACUCAUUUGCCCUUUAGGCAAGACACGUUUGGUGCUUCCAUGUAGAUCUAGCAAUUGUAGUCAUUUGCAGUGUUUUGAUGCAUCAACCUACUUGCAGAUGAAUGAUAAAAAACCGACAUGGGUCUGUCCAAUUUGUGACAAACUAGCAAGAUACGAUUCGUUGAUAAUUGAUGGAUUGUUCAUUGAAAUUCUACAGAAAGUUAAAGAUACAAAUGAGAUUCAGUUCUUAGAAGAUGGUAAUUGGAAGCCUAUUGUGAAGAAGCAGCAA